ACAUUAUAAGGAUUAAUUAAGUGAAUUAAAAUAAUGAGCAACCAGAAUAAUAUCAUUGAAAAAGAUAGAGAAGCAGAGGAUUCAAAAAAAACUAUAGAAUCAACAGUUAUAAAGUUGUUACGUACACAAGAGUAUACUUUGAAUGCUGUUAAUAAUUAUGGUGAAAAUUUGUUACACGUUAGCGCAGCAUAUGGUUGCUCUAAUAUCAUUAAAGAAAUUUUACAGAAAAAAGAACAUCGUCAAGUUAUUAAUAGAAAAAAUAAAUUUGGUUGGACACCUUUGAUGCAAGCUAUUCGAAAUAGAAAUAGUGAUACUGUUAAAUUACUUUUACAACAAAAAUCAAAUAUAAAUGAUUCAACUUAUCUUGGAAUGUCAGUAAUUGGUAUGGCUUGUGCAAUAAGUAAAGAAAUGUUGCAAAUGAUAUAUGAAAUUUGUCCAUCCACAUUAAUAAAUGCAAUGAAUGAUGACAUUAAUCCACUAUGUAUAGCUGCAUUGAAAAAUGAUAAAGAUUUGUUUUUUUCUUUGAUCGAUAUGGGUCUAGAUGUUUCUAAAGCCAAUGAAUAUACACACAUUAUGAUGAAGCAAUCGACAGUACCAGAAAUAGCAAAUUUGGCAAGAUGUUAUGGUGAAAUAGAAGAUUAUUGGAAUGAUGGAUCAAAUGAUAUUCCAAUGAAAAAUGAAUCAAACGAUAAUGUUUCUAUAACUGAGCAUAAAAAUAAACCUCAAUAUAUUGUACAAAUUCUAAAGGAUUUUAAUAAUAAAGACGAUAUUUUGAAUAACAACCAAAACAAUAACAAUAACAAUAACAAUAAUAAUAAUAAUAAUAAUAUCCCUUUAAUAAAUAUUGAUACAUAUCAUACCGAUGUAAAUAAUCAAUCUAAUUUAAUGGAAACUUUAGAGAGUACUUGUAAAGAAAAAUAUUUAAAAAGUCUUAAUGUUGACUUGUUAGCUGGAGCUACAUUAUCAGCUGAAUCAAGUCUAAUAUCACCUACUUUCUUAGACAUCUCUAACACAGAAUUUCCUACUUCUCCAAACAUAUAUUUUGUGAAAAAUUGUACAAAUUUAGCCACUAUUAAUGAAAAUGACGAAAAGGAUCCAUUUAUGACAGAAACUGAAAUAGAAUAUAAUAAAUUAUUAGAAAUCUCUACAUCUACAAAAGAUUCAAAACAUUCACCUACUGUAAUGCUUAAAAGAUUACAGUCCAUACGUCCAGCAGACUUAGAUCUAACAUCUGUUCAAAAUGAUCAUAAUACUACUCUUGAAUUUAUACCAGAAUUUAGUCCUACAUCGUCACCAAAUGUUCCUGCAUAUAUUAAUGAUGAGAAUGUAUCUGGUGACAAAACACCUACACCUCCACGUUACAGAACCCCACCAAGAGGAAUGGUUCUAAAUUCACAACAAACUAAAAUGAUUGUUUUUUUAAAACAUUAUGGUUUAUGUCAUCAUAUGUCUACAUUCCUUAAAGAAGAAAUAGACAUGGAUCUUAUUCUAAUGCUUUCUGACAAAGAUUUACAAGAAAUUGGAAUAAAGGAAGAAGCUGAAAGGACAUCUAUAUUAACAGCUAUAAAAAUAUAUCAAAGUAUUGAAAUGUAAUAUUAUCAUAGAAAU